AUGUCUAUAACAACUUGCCAGAAGGUUACUCUUAUAUCAUGCUCUGUUCUCUGUGUUUCUCUCUUCCUGCCCAGAAUGCUUUUACCCAAAGGGAAAAAGGAGAUGGGUCGGCCUGAGGUUGGACCUGGGUUCUACCCUCCUGUGAUGAACCAGCUGUCUCUGCCAGAGGACCCAGAUCAGUGGGCUGUGGACCCUUCAUACUCUAUGACACACAAUGCUGAGGCCAUGGCCAAAGUAAAAGGCAUCGGACGAGGCAAAAAAUAUAACCUGAUGGCUCAAGUGAUACCCAUAUAUGGCUUUGGGAUACUUCUUUACAUCUUCUAUAUAAUCUAUAAGCUGACAUGUAAGGGAAAGACUAAUAAAUCAGGAAUGUACACCACAGUAACCAAGGCAAACAUGGAGCGUAAGAUUACAACCGAUGACGAGCUUAUAAGGCUUCAGGAGAGACUUCUGCGAACAGAAGCGAUGAUGGAGAGGAUUGUCUCUGGAAAGUCUCGUGGUUCUGGGAGUGGCAGAAGGAGGAAGAGUAAAUCUUCAACAUCAAAGAAGGAGGAGAAAUUACUGAAGCAACUUCGACAGAUCACACUGCUGAUGCAAGAGGGCCGCUUGGAGGCAGCUUCCCCAGAGAUGGAGGCUGAGGAGGUCCCCUACUGCGUAGACUGGGAAGGUUACCCAGAGGAGACCUACCCAGAGUAUGAUGAGCCGUAUAAAAGACGUGGAUUUGACAUCUUUACGCUGGAGGAACCCUCCCAACAACCCACUGCCGAGGCCCUGGCAGAGAGGAUGGAACAUGAGGAAGAAGAGAUUACAGCAAGGAAACUAUCCAUAGUGGAAGAGGUGGAUGAAGAGGCAGAAGAGGAGGAGGACGAUGGAGAGGAGGAGAAAGAUAAAGAGGAAGAAGUGGAGGAAGAGAUAGAGGAGGAUGAGGACGAGGAAGAGGAAGAGGAAGAGGAAGAGGAGGAGGAGGAGGAGGAAGUGGAAGUGGAAGCAGAAAAAAGGUUGUUGCUCAGUCUUCCUUCGUCAGAGCCCGCUGCAGAAAGAAAGCAGGAGAGACUUGGUUUGGAGGUUAGCAAAGAGCUACAGUGUCUCAGCGGAGGGAAGAAGCAAAUCAGUUUUAGUGAUCACAAAGAUGUGUUCCACUACCCUAAAGAGGAUACGUAUGAGGAGGAGAGGGAGGAAGAGAGGGAAGAUGAGGGGGAGGAAGAAGAUGAGGGUACAGAGGUGGAAGAGGACGAGGGGACAGAGGUGGAAGAGGAGGCCGAUGAAGAUGAUCCUGUGAUGGAGGCAGAGAGCCUGCUGUUCAGCUGCGAGGGCUGUCCAAACCCGGAGGAGGAAGCUGAGGAGGAUAAAGAAGAGUAUUUGUUAGUGACUGUAGAGGGUGACGGUCCUAUCCAUGCAGACAUGCCCAAAGAUGUCGGGGCGAGUGGGCUGAGGAUGCGGAACAGGAGGGAGACAUAA